AUGGCGGACAACGAAAACAAUGCCGCGCCGGCAGCAAACGCAGCAGCCCCUGCCUCCCAAGAAGCGACGCAAUCCAACAGCUCCCGCAGCAGCCUGAAGCGCGCCAGCCCCCACGACGGGCACGACGAGCCCGCGGCCGACAAGAAGCCCAAGACCGACGACACCUCCCCCGCCGGCGGCGGCGAGUGGCAGACAGUCAGCCGCUCGUCCAAGAAGCAGAAGAAGCUCCCGCGGCCCGGCAAAAACUACCCCUCCAUCACCUUUUCGCCCAACGCGCGGCUGCAGUCCAAGAUUGGCGUCAGCCACCUGCGCGACCUGGUGACGUACAUCUUCGCCGACGGCACCGGCCCGCAGUGGUGCGCCGUGACGCACCGCCCAGCCUUUCGCAAGAUUGUGGCCGUCAUGGUGCCCGGGCUGGAAGAGGCCAUGUUCAAGGCCGGCGUGGACCUGGCAAACUUCAACAAGACGCGCGACGACGACCUGGACACGUCGCCGACCGAAAAGGACAAGCAAAAGCACGCGUCGCCAGACGACUACUACCCGCGGCCGCUGGAAAAGGAACACCUGCCCGAGGCGCUGCGGCCGUUUGCCGACAUGUUCCCCCACCUGUGGCCGGUCAAGACGCCCGGCGACGACCGCCACGGCAAGAUGCACUCGCCGAUGGCGGCGUUCCUCAGCACGCCCGCGCCCAAGGACAAGUCGAAGCCCGGCGUCAAGCCCGCGCGCGAGCCCGCGGGCUGGAAGAAUGAGCGCACGCGCAUCACCGAGUACCUGGCCUCGGCGUCUGAGCUCGCCGAGAACGGGUACCUCGUGCACCCCGCGAUGCUGCCCGAGGGCGCCGCGGCGCGGGACUCGUUUGCCCUGCCGGCGGGGUGGGUGCGCACCGCGGCCGAGAGCAUGGACGACGGGGUCGUGCCCGAGGCCGACGUGCCGCAGGGCAGCGUGACGGCCGGGAGGACGGUGCUGGCGCUCGACUGCGAAAUGUGCCUGACGGGCGAGAACGAGUUUGCGCUCACGCGCAUCAGCAUCGUCGACUGGGCCGGCGACGUGGUCCUCGACGAGCUCGUCCGGCCCGACAAGCCCAUCACCGACUACCUCACGCGCUUCUCGGGCAUCACCGAGGAGAUGCUCGCGCCCGUCACCACCACGCUCGCCGACAUCCAGGCCCGCCUCCUCGCGCUCCUCACCCCGCACACCAUCCUCGUCGGGCACUCGCUCGAGUCCGACACCAAGGCGAUGCAGCUCACGCACCCCUUCAUCGUCGACACCUCGCUCCUCUUCCCACACCCGCGCGGCCCGCCGCUCAAGUCGUCGCUCAAGUGGCUCGCGGAAAAGUACCUCUCGCGCAGCAUCCAAAAGGGCGGCGCCGCGGGCCACAACUCGGUCGAGGACGCCCGCACGUGCCUCGACCUCGUCAAGCAGAAGUGCGAAAAGGGCAAGGGCUGGGGCACGUCGGACGCCAGCCAGGGCGAGAACCUCUUCCGCCGGCUCGCGCGCGCCGGCACCGCGUACAAGGCCCAGGGCGGCGACGCGGCCCUCGGCGGCGUCGAGGUCGGCAAGACGAGCGCCGCCGUCGACUGGGGCGACCCGGGCAAGGGCUACGGCGGCGGCGCCACGGUGCGCUUCGGCUGCGCGUCCGACGAGGACGUCGUCGCCGCCGUCCUGCGCUGCGUCAACGGCGACGCCGACGGCGGCGAGGUCCGCGGCGGCGGCGUCGACUUCACCUGGGCGCGCUUCCGCGAGCUCGAGGCCCGGCAGGGCUGGUGGAACACGAACCGCACCGCGGCCAGCGGCGACGGCGGGCCGCCAGAGGACGCCGAGGAGAGCGUGGAGAGCUGCGUGCGGCGGCUGACCGAGCGCAUCCAGCGCAUCUACGACGCGCUGCCGGCGUGCACCGCCCUCGUCCUGUACAGCGGAUCCGGCGACCCGCGGCGCAUGGCCGCGCUGCAGGCCGCCCAGACGCAGUGGCGCAAGGAGUACAACACGCCUGGCCGCAAGUGGGACGAGCUGAGCGUGCAGUGGACCGACGUCGAGGAGCAGGCGCUAAAGCGGGCGGCGCAAAAGGCGCGGUCCGGCAUCGGCUUCAUCACGGUCAAGUAG